CGAAGUUCUAUUUUACUACUCCCAAUCUCUGCUGAGGACGCACCUGAUACCGUAGGCACUGGUGGUUUCUUUAUGACCAAAGGUGGCAGCAGCAACGAGCUCCUCCUCAUCACCACUCGCCAUGUUGCCCUCCCGACGGACAACAGGGACGUCAUGUUUGAACACGAGGACGAGAGCGAGCCUCAUUCCAACAUCCUCCUCCUUGGCGAUGAGGCCUACGACGAUUGCCUCGCGUCUAUCCAGGGUGCGAUUGAAGCACGCGAGAUGAAAGCUGAGCGCUGGGAGCUGCACCUCAAGAUGGCGGAGGGGCGGGGUGACAAGGUGGCUGAUGCAGAGUGCAAGGCGGCUGAGCGCAAGAUAGAGGCGGCGAAGGAGGCGAAGGAGGAACUCUGCACCUUCUACAACGAUGUCGGCAAGCACUGGGCCACCUCCGCUAGCCGUGUCCUGGGGCAUGUAAUCUAUUCCCCUCCCAUGCGCCUGGGUGCCGGCAUCGCAGAUGAAGGGUACACGGAGGACUAUGCUAUCGUCAAGGUCGACACGGACAAGAUUGACAGGACUCAAUUCAAGGGCAACAUGAUCGACCUUGGUACUGACUCGACGAUUGGGGUCUGGGAGUUUACCAAGAAGAUGCGCUCCAACGACGACACCCCCUCCUUUGAGUACCCUUUUGACCGCCUCCUGACGCUCCAGGGCACCAUCUCGGACGAGGAGAUGCGCCAACAGACCCCCGUGGACAAGGACAAGAAAUCAUGCCUGAUGGUGAUCAAGGACGGCAGCGCCACUGGCGUAACCAUCGGUCGUGCCAGCGGCAUCAUGUCCUUCGUUCGGGACGACUCAGAUGGCAGCUGCGGAAUCUCCAAGGAAUGGGCGAUCUUGCCAUACGACGCCGAGUCUGGCGCCUUCUCCGCUAAGGGCGACUCCGGUGCCGUUAUCGUCGACGGCCUUGGACGUAUCGGCGGCCUCCUUACUGGUGGUGCCGGUGACAAGACCCAGGUGGAUAUUACCUAUGCUACGCCGAUCUCCUUCAUCGAAAAGAGCAUCAAAACCAGGUACCCUAAUGCGCACUUCAACCUUGCCUAGGCAUUAUUUGGAUCUAGCCCGCAGGCCAGACAUUAUCGGAUGUCAUUGGUUUUUAGCGAUGACUGUUGAAGUAUGAUGCUGGAUGUUAGCGCUAUAGAGCACUGGAUAGAACUAUUUGUACACUCUUGUCAGGGAAAGUCUUCCUCCUAUAGUGUUGUUGAUUUCUCGUAGUGGUCGUUUUGUAUGAUAUCAGAAAAUGAGGUACCGCAAUGCACUUCCC